AAUCUCCUCCAGAAAUUUUAGGAUCAGCACAAACGAAUGACUCUGAGAAGGAUAUCAGAAAAUGUAAUACUUUGAAUCCGUUGGCACCUCAGUUCUUUCCUGGAAAUGCUGAAGGAAGUUGUCUUGGCGGUAAAAGGGUUAAAGAUGAUUUUUUAUCUUCCAAAUCCAGUGCGCCUUUAUCUGUUGACUCGUUGCCAGGAGAGAACAGACAAAUGAAAACUGUUAUGGCAGACACACAUCCUGUAGAAUUGAAGGGAGUUGAGCUUCUACAUUCUAAUAACAUGAAUGAAAGUGUGAAGGCGGUUAACUUUGUCAGUGAUCCAAAAUGUAGCUUUUUACUAAAUUCUACCUGCAUGGCUCAGCCUACCCAUCCCGUUACUGUAGAAAGUUUCUCAACAAAGGAAAAACCAAUAGUGGCUGCUGGCGAUGUUGAAGGCUGUUCAAAGGAAACUAAACAUGAUAUGACCAAGGAGUCAACAAGAGGUUCCUUCCCUGUCAAGUAUCAUUCUCCAACUCCAAGUUCAUCUUCAUCUCAAGCUGGUGUUGUUACUAAUCUUUUUGAAACCCAUCAGGGUGUAUCCGAGUCUUUGAUUGAUUCUCCAAAACUUGACGUUAAGACAAUGGUUAAUGCAAUGCUUGUUCUUUCAGAGUUGCUUGUACAAUCUUGUGUUCACAGAUUGGAUUCAUGUAAACAACAUGAUUAUGAUACAAUCCAGCACAUAAUCAAUAACCUCAACGAGUUUAGUGCAGUUUACAGUGGCCAAAUGAUUUCUGCAGUUCAAUCCACUCAAACAGGCAGUCCUAAUCUUCUUGAUAGGUCAUUAGAGCUUCCCAAGCAUUCAAGAAAGGGAAUUGAGGAAGCAAGUACUGAGACCUCCGCUAUUCCAAAAAAGCUUCAUACUCAGGAUGAUAAUGGGGGGCAAAACAAUAUUUCUCAAGUGAUUGCUGAGAGAGGUCAAUAUUCUUUGGCAUCAAGCAGUGAUGUGGCCGCUGAGAAAGGCAACGAAAUUGUUCAGGUUAUCAGGAGAAAUCUUGGCAAAAAUCUGGAUGUUGAGGAGCACUUGCACCCACAGGCUUUGCUGUAUAAAAAUUUAUGGCUUGAUGCUGAAGCCGCAAUGUGUCACAUGAGACGGAAAAUUUAUCUUAGGCUUAUGGAAACUGGGAUGGAUGUAAAUCACACAGACCUUGCGGACUUGUGGAGAUGACAUAUUUACAUAGCCUUGUUUGCGACACAAUUGGAGGCUGCACUUGUAACUACAAAUUGGUUGUCUGAAGUGCAGUCUGUACAUAUGCAUGGUACAUUAGAUCUGGUUUUCGUUGCUGCUCCUUGUACAAAAGCAGCUGAUUCAUGAGGCUGUAGCUGUAGUUGCACAUCAGUAAUUGGACUUGCACUCCCUACUUAUCCUCUAUUCACUGUUCUGGGUUGAGUUGCUGCUCCUUGAACAAAAGCAAGUGAUUCAUGUGGUUGUAAGCAACAUAUCUUGAAUGCAUUUAAAGAAGAAAUGUCACCUUGCAAAUUCA